CGAGGGUGUAGAUUUUCUGUUCAUCAAUUUACAUUUGGACUUUGCACGACUUAGACCUGAAAAUGGGCGAGUGGGACUUCCUCGGCAGACUGCUGGAUAAAGUCCAGAUGCACUCCACCGUGGUCGGGAAAAUCUGGCUCACCGUUCUGUUUGUGUUUAGGAUCCUAGUCCUCAGCGCAGGCGCUGAGAGAGUGUGGGGCGACGAGCAAUCAGACUUCACCUGCAACACGCUACAGCCGGGCUGCGAGAACGUGUGCUACGACAAGGCGUUCCCGAUUUCUCACAUACGCUUCUGGGUUCUUCAGAUCAUCUCUGUGUCCACGCCCACUCUGGCCUACCUGGGCCACGUCAUCCAUGUCAUACACGCCGAGAAAAAAGUCCGAGAGAUGAUGAAUAAUGAGCAACUCAGCCUGAUCCCCAAGAAAAGCUACAAGUUGUACAAGUACAUCAGUGCCAAUGGGAAGGUCAAGAUUCGGGGAAGUCUUCUGAUAAGCUACAUUCUCAGUUUGCUUUGUAAGAUAAUGCUAGAGGUUGGAUUCAUCUUCGGGCAGUACUAUCUAUACGGCUUCACCCUUCAGUUCCAAUACGUUUGUAACAAUUUUCCAUGUCCUCACAAGGUGGACUGCUUUUUAUCAAGGCCUACUGAAAAAACAAUCUUCAUUUGGUUCAUGCUGGUGGUGGCCUGCUUGUCUUUACUCCUGAACGUGAUCGAGAUCUUAUAUCUAUGUGUCAAAAAAAUAAACGAUUGUCUCAGCCGGAAACGAGACUACACCGUGACUCCGGUGACCGCGAUGGUGAACAGGAAGGACAUCAAGAGCAAGGAUCAGGUGAUUCAGAACUGGAUCAACCGGGAGAUUGAGUUCCAGAGGGUGGAAGUAGGAAAUGAGGGAACCAAAAGCGUGGCUUCAGAGGACAUGCAAGAGGUCCGUAUCUGAUCCACAGGUCUCUGUACACAUAGCCUUUCACACGGUCAAAUUGAGUGAACAAACACAGAAACAAGCGACUCGUGCCUGCUUUAAACCCCCUCCCCGCCCGUUUCAAUGUCUGUCAACCCACAUGCUUACUGUUUUGUCUUUAUGACUCUUUCAAACAGAGUGCACUAUGCUCUGUCUGUUUUAAAAUCUGGUUUAAUGUUGACAACAAUUGUUCAAAAAUACAAUUUUUUCAAAAAAUACAUUUUUUAAGUCUG